AUGUCCAAGCUAGCAAAGGAUGCCGCAGCCUUCAAGAGCACUCUUCAACGACAGGAUUAUACAUCGUGGCAUUCUCAACCAAAGCCAUCUACGUCAAGUUCAGCCGCGCCUUCAUCUUCUGCAGGAGCUGGCUUGGCCAUAGCAGGGGAAAGUCCUAACGCUGGGAGCAAAAAGAAACGCCCAAAGACGAAUAUCGUGUACUCGCAGCCUGCGGACACGGGGACAGGGAACAACAUCAACACUCAACUGGUAUAUGCUGUGAAUCACCUGAAGUCCACCCCUAAUCCUAUGCGAUUGCAAGACUUAGCUAUCGUCACAAGUACCCCUCUUGAUACAGACCCCUUACUUCUCGAAAAGUUCAAGGCCCAUGAUCGGAUUCAGUGGGAUCCUAAGACAGAUCUGUACUCAUACAAACAUGAAUAUUCUUUCCGAAACAAAGCUGCUCUCUUGACGGAGAUCCAGCGACAAACGAGAAAGGGAGGAGGAAUAUCCGUUCGGGCCUUGAAAGAGUCGUGGAAAGAGGCACCACAGGCGAUCGAAGAGUUGGAAAAGGAGGGGGAGGUGUUAGUAACACGGACCGUUAAAGAUGGACAACUUCGAAUGGUUUUCUGGAAUGAGAUCAAGCCGACGGAAAACAGCGGCGGGGCCCCUGUUGAAAAAGAAUUUCACGACCUCUGGCAUUCGCUCAAAGUGCCCAACGAUGUCGAUCUUCUGAAGCAGCUUGCCUCCGAGGGUCUACAGGUGACAGCGGCAGAAACGGUAGUUCCAAAGGCUCCUGCAGGAAAGAAGAAGGGCAAAAAGGGAGGGGCACCACGCCAACGCCAAGUGAGGAUAACAAACACUCAUUUGAAGGGCGAGAUCGACCUCCACUAUGCUGCUGCUCAUGCGAAGUAG